CUCUACUUUGAUCACCAUUAUUACCAUCACAACAACGAAACCUUGUUCCCCACAUUUUACAUACAGAAAUAUGGCGUGAUGGACCGAAAAAUAUCCUUGCUCCGCACCCCGCACAAACAGGCAUUAACUUGCUUCGGGGUCGCCGACUGGAAGGAGCUGACUAACUCUUAUUCCCAAUGGCUACACCUAUCCUUGCACGAUCGCUGGUUCGACGCAGUGUUCUAUCAACCACUCGCAUUUCUUCGUCAAAAUACGUGUCUCCUCGUUGGAUUCCGAGAUUUUCGUCCUACUCGACAAGUGCCGAGCUGCAACAGCAUACCCAGGUUAAUGUCACGAGCAGCUCGGGCAAAGUUCUUUCGACCAAAGCUGACAAGGAUGCAAUCCAUGUGAAAUGGAACAACAAUGCCACUGCUACCAGCAGUGAUUACAGCUAUCUAUGGCUCCGCGACAACUGCCAGUGCAGCGAGUGCGUGCACCCUGACAACCGACAGAAGUUGCAUUCGUCUGCCGAUGUGCCGCUCGACAUUGCACCCACGUCGGUUAAGCUGGAGGGCGACAUGGCCGUAAUUGUUUGGAAUAAGCCUCUGCGCCACCAACAGGAAACAGGGACGGCAGCGGAACAGCACGUGAGUCAAUACCCGAUGGAAUUUCUUGAGCGCUAUGCGUCGCGUGAAUCCAGCGAGGCGUUCCGUUUCAACCAUAUCCGUCCUCAGACGUGGCACAAGGACCAGUACAAAUUGAAAUGGGUCAGCUAUGACGACUAUAUGAAUACAGAUCAGGGCUUGCACGAGGUCGUUCAGCGAUUGUACAAUUACGGCUUGGUAUUUUUGGACAAUGUGCCCGUCAAGGAUGAGAGUGUUACUACCGUUGCAGAACGUAUUGGACCUAUCCAGGAAACAUUCUAUGGUCGCGAUUUUGAUGUCAAGAAUAUUGCAAAGUCGCGUAAUAUCGCUUACACUAGCUUGUAUCUUGGAUUCCAUAUGGAUCUGAUGUAUCUGGAUUGUCCGCCCGGUGUCCAAUUGUUGCACAGUUUAAAAAACAGCGUCACUGGUGGCUCCAGUAUUUUCGUGGAUUCCUAUCGUGCUGUUGAGCUUUUGAAAGAACAACAUCCUGAAGACUAUGCGAUUCUCUGUAAAACCCCCGUUACUUUCCACUAUAUCAACGACGGCCAUCACAUGUACUACCGUCGACCCACUAUUGUCACGGGUGAGGAACAGGGCGGUGCGGCUUGGGAUAUGCACGUCAACUAUUCCCCACAAUUCCAGGGUCCCAUGGAUCACUUGUCACCUACAGAAGCAACUCAAUACUAUCGCGCAUUCCAGCGAUUUGCUGAUCUAAUCCAGGAUGAUAGUCUUCGUUAUGAGCUUACUCUUCAGCCUGGUCAAUUAGUCAUGUUUGCUAACCGUCGUGUAUUGCACGGUCGCACGGCCUUUGAUGCUACGAGCGGGGAUCGUCAUCUCAAGGGCACAUACACCAGCUUGGAUUCACUUAAGGAUAAGCUCCGUGUAUUAUGUCAUCAAUAUGGUUUCGACCCAACUGCCUAAUUUCGCUGAAUGUUUCGCUAUGUUCUCCAUCUCUUUCUCUAGACUGAUUAUAGUUGAACUAUCAUUAUGUAAUUUUAAACUAAACACCAGACAUUAAAUGAUCUUACUAACUGUAUCUUCAAUUUGAUCACUACGAACUUUGUCCACUGUUAAAUGUGCAUAGCAUGGUAGCAAGGGUGGUAUGGUAUCCCGCGAUCACGGCUAUAUGUUUUAGCGAAUCUCGUAGACGAGACUACAGUGCAGAAUUUUACUUCAUUUUCUUUUAUUAUUGGAAAAAGAAAAAAGAAGCUGAUUGCUCUCCUAGAAAAUUCAGUUCCCCGCUCCUGCUUGAAGCAAGCUCCA